AGCCCUGCCUCGCUUGGACUUUGGUGUGUCAGCCAGGUUGGCUAUGAUUACGGUCGCGGGAAGUACCAACGACACCCUGAAGCUUGAAAAACGGAAUUGUUACACAGGUUGGGAGAAAACCCCAUCACACAAACGGUUCGGCUCUCUCCCCUUCCAAGAGAUGAACUGGAAGACAGCUGCAGUCGAACAAGUGGAACCUUGGAAGACCAAAAGACGCUAGUCCGGGAACGGUAGAUCUGUCUUGGCACCUCCGCGGCGAACUCUCACUCCGAUUGGACAGUCCCUGCGCAUUUGUUUACAUCCCCACAUCACUCUAAGGUCCACUUUUCAUACCCUCUCAAUCACAUCGACAAUGGAGAUAUCACCCCAAUUCUCAACGACAUCUCCCUCCCUCCCCUGCCCAACCGCAACACACAUCGCCUCCCUCUCCAGCACCCGUCUCCAGAUCCGCUGUCUCUCCACCCUCGAGAUCAUCCGCACCAUUCCCCUACCCCAGUCGCACGAUGUGCGCAACUCGCGACUCGCAUGGUCGCCACCUACCAUACCCUCGUCCACCAACACAGCAAACACAACACCAUCCCGUCGCACCCUAGCCGCACGCUCGAACCGCAUCCUCGUUUCCGACGAGGACAACACGCGAGUCUACGAUUUGCGGGACGCGAAGUGGAAUGCUGCGAUCAGUAAUGGGUCCGGCGGCAUGGGCAAGAUUGUGCACGUCGAAUUUGGGGCGACGGAGGACGAAGUGGUUGCCUUCUCGGACUUCGCCAGUAAAGCCACAAUCUGGUGCUUGAGAACGGGACGGACGGUUGAGAUUCGGGACCCUAAAUUUACCGGAAGGGAGGGGAGGGGGUGGGGAUACAGACCUAGUGGUGAUGGCAAGCUGGGAAAUGGAAGAGGAGCGGUGUUGGCUCUGCUUUGCAGGAGCGCGGGACAAGAUUUGCUGCUGCUUUUGGCACCAAGGUCAUACAGCCUCAUCAAGAGAGUGGAGUUACCGACGUUGGAUGCCGCGGGUUUGAAAUGGAGUAGAGACGCGCGCUGGAUCGCCGUGUGGGACUCCGCAUCGUCGGGAUAUCACUUGCACAUCUAUACGGCAGAUGGACAGCUCUAUCGGACGAUAGCGCGCGAGCCGACCGACGACGCUGACAGAUGGGGUAUCGAGGGCCUAGGUAUCAAGACUGUAGAAUGGGUGCCAGGUAACCAGUGGCUCGCAGUUGGUGGCUGGGACAGAAGAGUCCGGAUCCUCUCGACCCGAACAUUCUCUCCCGUCGUGUUCCUGGACCACACUGCGGAAAUCCAAGUCCCCUCCGCACCCGUGUACACGGAGAUGGUGGACGGCAGAGGUAACCGGACCUACAGCUUGACACCACAACCAGUCACUCCGCCAAAAGCUACGGUAGAGAAAGGCGACAACUCGAUGAAACAAGGCAUCGGCCUCGUUUCCUUCAACAUGGACGGCACCCUAUGCGCAACAAGAGACGACUCCACGCCCAACACAGUCUGGAUAUGGGAUCUACGAUCUCUCAGCCCAAAGACUAUUCUGAUCCAAUAUUCGCCAGUCAAGUCGCUACAGUGGCAUCCGUCGGACCCCUCGCUCCUCCUCGUCCACUCAACUCACGACUCCCCUACCGUAUAUCUCUCAUCCACUACGUCUCUCUCCGCCUCAACAACAGAUUGCCCCCACCCAGGGCCACCGGAAAUCCUCACUCUCGCGGACUCGCUCAGCAGACCUUUAGGCUCCGCGGCUGCAAAGUGGGACGUAGGAUGGCUGUCCACAGCUGCAGACAAGAAACCUGCCUUCCUGUUUGGUCACCAACAGGGAUACAUGCUUGUCUGGCCGGAGGGGAAAGACAAGAUUCUCCGGUUUGAGACCGAGAAUGGAGAAGAGAGUGAGGAUAGUUUGUAUGAUAUUCUGACUGGUAGGACGCCGGUGCCGAGAUUGUAUCAUGAUGAUGACAAGGGGAUGUUGGAGGAUGGAGAGGGACUGGACGAUAGCAGAGGGUUUGAAGGCGUGGAUGUGGAUGCGUACGAGGUUAGCAUGGGGAGCUUCGAGGAUACUUCCAGGGAGAAGAGGAAGGGUCCGCCAAGGGGGAGGAGUGUGCUGGAUGAGAGUGGGUUGGAUGAGAUGUUCUGAGGUCUUCACAGAAGAGCAUAACGUUCGGCGUUGGUUGGAAAGGACAAUCAUAUACCCUCCUGUGCCUUGCGUUGGGAAUUGAUCACACAUAGUCAUUCACAAUAUAAACUGGUCAACCUGACCUUUUCAUCCAUUACCACAGAGAAGUAAAGC